AUAACAGUCACAUGUACACAGAGUUGAUACAAACAAGUCAAAUUAAAUACUUCAUCCUUAUAUAGUCCUUGAUAUCAUCAUAGUAAUAAUGGCUCAGUUCAGUAUAGAAGAGCUUUCAUUUGUUAAAGAAUUGCCUGAGCAUGUGGAGAUAGAGUGUCCAGUUUGUCUUAAUAUCUUGACAGAUCCUCAUCUGGUGAGCUGCUGUGGACAUAAUUUCUGUGGGUCUUGUAUUGAGAGAGUAAAAGCUAGUAAUGGAUCCUGUCCUAUGUGUAAAGAGAAGGAAUAUCAAGCAAUACCUGACAAGAAGUGUUCACGUAUUAUCAAUGGAUUGGAGGUCUAUUGCAGUAACAAGGAGAAAGGAUGUCAAUGGCAAGGAGAAUUGAAGAAUAUGUCUACUCAUAUUAAUAAAGAGAAGAGAGAAGGAGAAUGUCAAUACGAAGGAGUAAAUUGUCGAUAUGUGAAAUGUCAAGAGAGAAAGCAACGUAGAUAUCUUAAGUAUCAUGAAGAUAAAGAAUGUGAUCAACGUCCAUUUCAAUGCCGAUACUGUGAGGAAGAAAGUACGUUCCUCUUUAUUACAAAGAAUCAUUAUGAGGAAUGCAGGCAGUAUCCUGUUACUUGUCCUAAUGAAUGUUCAUCUAAUAUUAUGCCACGAGACUGGCUUAACGAUCAUGUGAAUAAUGAUUGUCCACUAGGGCCAGUAGAUUGUGUGUUUAGUUGGGCUGGUUGUAAUGAUAAGCCAUUACGUAAAGAUGUACAUGAACACACUGCUGACACUAAACACAUGACACUAUUAGCU